UGAGGUCCAGUUAUUGCUCUAGGUUUCUGGCCAGGUGACAGCUCUGCGUGUCUGGAAUACAGAGCUCUAGACAAUGGUCAUCUGAUGCCCUUGUCAUAAAGAGUCCUUAGCAACCGCCAUGUGCACGUCACCGGCAGGCACUGGGGCCUGUACUUUUGGUUCUUUCUGGUGCAGAAGAACUGCUUUGAAGACACUGAAGGAGAAACUGCAGUGCAAUGGUUACCCCAUCAGUCAUGCCAUCUGAGUCACGCAAACAGCCUACAGCUAAGUCUGUGGGGAAACGGAUGAUUGUUACAGGUCCAGAUUACAUAAAGGAUCACUUACCCAGAGUUUAUCAGGACACCGCCUACAUAGGAGAAACACGGCCGAUCUUGGAAAAAACUGGAGAUCUCAGAUACUUAUGGAGGGCCGCCCCUCACAGAAGCUUGCCGCCCAAAUAUAAACACGAGCAUGUUGGUGAGGUUGGUUGGGGGCUUCAGUACUCCUUUAUCAAUGACUCCAGACGUCGGAGCGGCUUUCAUAGAAAGCAUGGAGAACUAAGUCUUGCUGCUGUUGAUAAGUUAACCCACAGAUAUCAAAACCCAUGGCAGCCGAGGCCUUGUGUCUUGGACACUCAAGGAAGGUACAGUCGUGGUUUUCUUGCCUGGCACAUGGGUGAUUAUGAGGACACCAGUCAGAGAAACUCCAAACGGGCCCUACUUUUGAAGCAGAAUAAGUCACCACCACUGAGACUGUCCAAGCCACCGAAGAAAGAGGUAUGACCUAUCGCUUUUCUGAAUCACCAUAGACAGAAAGGAAAAUCAAGUCGUUCUAACAUACAAGUUAGAAAGUGACACUUCACAGGAGUAUUAAUAACCAGUUUGCAGCUCCUUUGAACCUGUGAAACCGCACUUUAGUCUGUAUUUGAUUCUCCGCAAGAUGUCCAUCAAGCUAGGGAGCGGACCGGUACCCCUUUUUACAGUAAAAGAGCACAUGAGGUUGUGGGGUUGCUAUGACCAUGUCCUUGGGUAAGCUGCA